AAUCUUUCCCUCACCGAAGUUUGUCUUCCGGAACAUGACUAUGCAUGUGCACGCCCUCCAGCUAUCUCACACGUGAGACGCCCUCUAGUUGAAUCCAAACUGUUCAAUAGCAGUACCCAGUCUAGAUGAAGUUUCUACCCAAAUCUAAAAUUGACUGGAUGCUUUCCACUCUCGAUAAUAGAGUUGAAUUUUGACCAUUGAUUGUGAAUCCUUCGUGCCCAUCUUUCAGACGUCCACCAAUCAUCAGAUCGUCAGCAGGGUUUUAUUUUGGGCUUUGAAUGAUUAAAGCGCGUCCCAUCAUUUUGACAGUUUGGAUUGAAGUUCGUAGAUGCCAGGUGUGCAGGCGAUCGAGUGCAUCAUCCGUACGGAACUUCACAUUUGCCAGAGUAUCCAAGUUUUUGCUCUUCCUCCCCUUAAAAACGACUUUCUUUCUCUCUCUUUGUAUUUAAUAAGCAUUAAUCUUCAAAAUCGGCAUUAUAUCUCUGCUUCUGUUCGCAGUUUUUUUCCUUCUGUUUUGUGUUUGAAUCAUAAUGGCAGCCGACGUAAGUUCUCUCGUUCGCAUCUUAAACGGAUACAAAGAAGAGCAGCAUCAACAGCAGAUGCAAGGAGGAGGAGAAUCAACGGUCCUAAUUACUCGAGAUUUGCUGGGUGGAUGCUCCGUGAUCGGAUCUAAGGAAUUGGAUCUGGAUUUGCAGGUUCCCAACGGUUGGGAGAAACGCCUUGAUCUUAAGUCAGGAAAGAUCUACUUGCAGCGGUGCGAUUCUCCGAUCUCACCGUCAGAUAAAAGAUCGACGGCUGGAUUUCAAGAUCUGAAUUACCCCCCAAAUCUUCUAGAAGACACCAGCUUAGAUCUGAAGCUGGUCCCAUCCAUCGAAUCCCAAAGCGUUUGUACCCUCGACAAGGUUAAAUCCGCACUGGAGAGAGCCCAGCGGGAGUCCACCAAGAAACGUUCCGUCGCGACGUACGGUAGCAGCGAAAGAUCAUCGUCGAGAGUGCACUCGUCGUUAUCAUCUCCAUCAUCGCAAUCGUCGAUGUCUAUCAAGGGAGGGGAUGAAGAGGGAGAGACGGAAGGAGAGAAGGAGAUGAAAUCUUCCCCGUUGGUUUUCGCGGCUGGGUGUCCCGGUUGCCUUCUUUACGUUCUGAUAUCGAAGGCGAACCCGAGAUGCCCGAGAUGCAGAACGGUCGUGCCGGUACCGGUACCGGUACCGAAGAAACUGCGGAUAGAUUUGAACGUAUCAAUGUGAAAAAAGAAGAAGAAGAAGAAGAAGAAGAAGAAGAAGAAGAGAGAAUUCGGUCUUUUCAUCUCUCUUCGUUUUUUCUUUUUUAUUUUGAUUUGUAAAUUAUAGGAUAGGAAAGGAGAAAAAUUCAUAUACUUUAUGAGAUAGAUUGGAGAUUUAUAGAUUACCGAAUUUUUAUUCUUGUUUUC